AUGAGUUAUUCUACUGAGGAUCUCGAAGAAUCUUCUUGGAAUUUUCUACAUGAUGACCAGCUUGAAAGUCUUAAGGAAUCGCAUGAUAUUACAGAGCAGUUUCUUGAAGUCUUCAAGGAUUCAGAUUUCUCUACAUUUGAAUCUCUUAGAGUUGCCUUAGGUGAAUUUUCUCAAAAAACAGGUUUUAUAUAUACUGUUAAAAGAUCGAAAAGAUAUCGCGAAAAUGAUGUCAGACGGCAUGCUUUGGUUUAUAAUAACAUUUGUUAUGGUUGUACGUUACACGUACAAGGUACUUCUAAUUCCGUUAAAUCAAACGAAUCGCCGUGUUCUUCCACGAUAAAUUUUAGCAGUGUAAAGGGGACAUUUAGGGUAACAAAAUUCUCCUUGGUCCAUAAUCAUCCCCCUCCCUUGACUGCUUUAAAUUUAGCAAUUCAUCCCUCCGUGUUUCCUGCAUUUAUUGAUUGUGGGGAAAGUUUCCGUCUUGCUUUUCCACUCAUGUCUGUAGGAUCUUACUCUGAAUUGGCAGCUCGGUUGAAGCAUUUCGAGAAGAGAACUGGAUCAGUGUAUAUAAAAUACUCUACUGGUUUAUUUUCCGACACAGUUGAUCCUCAGGAAGUGCGCUGUAAAUACAAGAAAAUUCGCUAUGUUUGUGUUCACUACGGAUCGCGAAAAAGUGAGCCAAUUCGAAGGCGAAAUCAGCACACCACAAAGAUAGGCUGUGGAAGUUGUUUCUCAGUGAAGUAUAAAGAUGGUCGUCUACAUAUUGUAAGCUACGAUAUGAAACAUUGUCAUCCUGUGGAUCCUGAAUCAGCUCGACUUUAUCCGCACAAUCGCCGACUCUCGCCUUCGGAGACUGCUGAAAUUGAAGAACUUCUGGAUGUCAAUGCAAGCAUUAAUGAAGUAAAGAGAAUAAUAAAAGGUAUGUACUAA